AGCUGAAAGGCCCGUCGCUUUUUUAGCCGCCUCUCAGCUUGUCCUCUUCUGUACCAUAGUCAAGUUGUUUACUCUGCCACCUGUUCUCACGUUGGUCUUUUGGUUGGACGUAGUCCUCCAUGUGGAUUGAUUUGUUGUUUACCUGCUUUGUCGCCAAGGACCUAGCGAUCAGCACGUAACCCUGGACGUGGCUUCCUCUUGUUUCUUGUCUGAAAGUGGAACGGGUUUGCCAUCAUGGCCUCUUUUAAACUGGAUUUUCUCCCUGAGAUGAUGGUGGAUCAUUGCUCUUUGAAUUCUAGUCCUGUCGGCAAGAAAAUGAACGGGUCUCUGGACCACCCCGACCAACCAGAUGUGGAUGCCAUCAAGAUGUUCGUGGGCCAGAUUCCACGUUCUUGGUCCGAGGAGCAGCUUCGCGAGCUCUUCGAGCCUUUCGGCGCCGUCUACGAGAUCAACGUUCUGAGGGACCGUAGCCAGAACCCGCCACAGAGCAAAGGAUGCUGUUUCAUCACAUACUACACCCGCAAGUCCGCCUUGGAAGCACAGAACGCUCUUCACAACAUGAAGAUUCUUCCAGGGAUGCACCACCCCAUUCAGAUGAAGCCGGCUGACAGCGAGAAAAACAACGCUGUGGAAGACAGGAAGUUGUUCAUUGGAAUGAUCUCCAAGAAGUGUAACGAGAACGACAUGCGCUUGAUGUUCUCGCCGUAUGGACAGAUUGAGGAGUGUCGGAUACUGCGAGGCCCUGAUGGACUCAGCCGAGGUUGUGCGUUUGUGACUUUCACAGCCAGACAGAUGGCCCAGUCCGCCAUCAAGUCCAUGCACCAGUCCCAGACCAUGGAGGGCUGCUCCUCGCCCGUCGUGGUCAAGUUUGCCGACACUCAGAAGGACAAAGAGCAAAAGCGUAUUACGCUGCAGCUGCAGCAGCAGAUGCAGCAACUCAGCGCCGCGUCCAUGUGGGGCAACCUCACCGGCCUUGGCAGUCUGGGGCCUCAGUACCUUGCACUUUACCUACAGCUGCUGCAGCAGUCCGCCUCCACAGGGAACUCACUCAGCAACCUGCACCCCGUUUCAGGUCUUAACGCCAUGCAGAACCUGGCUGCCUUUGCAGCAGCAACUGCCACGCAGGCCUCAGCGACUGGCUCCAGUGCCAUGACAACAUCAAGUAGCCCACUAAGUGCUCUAACAAGCUCAGGCUCCUCCCCCACCUCCAGCAACAACUCCUCAGUCAACCCCAUCGCCUCUCUGGGAGCGCUGCAGUCUCUGGCUGCCAGCACUGGAGCUGGUCUCAACAUGGGCUCUCUAGCAGCAGGCAUGGCGGCUCUGAAUGGCAGUCUGGGCUCUGCAGGGCUGUCUAACGGCUCAGGAAGUACCAUGGAGGCGCUGAGCCAGGCCUACUCUGGCAUCCAGCAGUACGCCGCCGCCGCCGCCCUGCCAAGCCUCUACAAUCAGAGCCUGCUGUCCCAACAGAGCGUCUCGGCCGCAGGAAGCCAAAAGGAAGUGUUUUGUCUUUGUCGCUGGUUUGCAGGUCCAGAAGGUGCCAACUUGUUCAUUUACCAUCUCCCUCAAGAGUUUGGAGACCAGGACCUGCUGCAGAUGUUCAUGCCCUUUGGAAAUGUAAUCUCUGCCAAGGUCUUCAUUGACAAGCAAACCAACCUCAGCAAGUGUUUCGGUUUUGUGAGCUACGACAACCCGGUGUCGUCGCAGGCCGCCAUCCAGUCCAUGAACGGUUUCCAGAUCGGCAUGAAGCGGCUGAAGGUGCAGCUGAAGCGCUCCAAGAACGACAGCAAGCCGUACUGAAGCCAGGCGUAGUUAGGAUAGAAGCUUCUCUGGUAAGUGGAGUCAGAAACGUGCAUUAUGGGACACCCCCUCACCCCGGCGCGUGCACAUGUGCGGCAUGCACGGCUGAGGCUACAGACUGGAUUCUUCCCGUGUUGUUGUGGUUCCUGCACUUUGUUUCCCGCGAUCACUGACGACAAACUGGCGUGUUUUCAUUGAACUUGUUUGCUGUGCUACCUUUCCACAUUUAUGACUUUGAUUGUUAAGACGUCUUGCACUUUGACAGUGUGGUGCCCCAAAUCGUCGUUUCCUUUUUUUCUAAACUUUCACUUUCACUUCACCCCAGCGAACACAGACACACUUUCCCUCGAGCACACACAUUUUAUACUCGGUAUUACACCGGCUCACCUGAAGAGGGAGCUCCAUUACAGCAAAUGUCCUGCAUGUUUUCACAACAGAAGCCUCUAAACGCCUCAAAGCUGUCAAUCCUGCUAAUGCUCGACUUCAUCUUUUUCUUUAAAGUUCUCGAUUCUGUCUCAGAUUCAGUCAAUCAUCGUACUUUCGUUUUAGUGACCCGGCUAGCGGAGACACUUCCACAAACGUCCCUCGGCGCGCUAGCAGCAGGCUACCGUCUCUCUCUGUUGACGUCACAUGACUCCACACCAAAACCUGCUAGUUGCUCUAAGGAAUCCAUUUUUUUUCUGUGAGUUUUUUCGUGUCUUAGUUGGACGUGAGGCAGUGAGAUGUACAUUGAAGGCUCUGCCUCUUCUAUUUUUAUAAAAGGUUUUAUACUUCUCCUGUGUGCUGGGGAACUAUUUAUUGCCUAAAUUAUUUAUCUGGUGUAUUUUAAAAAGACAAAUGUGUCGAACAACUCAAAUGGAUUUCCCGGUGUGUGCGUGCGUGUAUGUUGCUGUGAUCCAGUCACGUUAACUGUCGCACACACUCAGCUGUCCAUCCUCUAAUGCUGAUGUGAGUCAUAUUUAAUAGUUACUAUUCUACUAUAGUCAACUCCAUUCAACAAUCCUAUGUUGCCGUUGACCUUUUUAGUCUCUCCUUGUCACUCCUAGGUUUGAACCCUAAAAGAUCAAGUACAAUUGUCAUUGGAAGGAAAAGAGUUAAACAGGUGUCAUGUGAUUAUCUGGUCACCCAGGUGUGCCCAUUAGUAAGCCACACCCGGUCACGAUGAGGAAACAAGCGGGCGCCGCACGGGGACGACAUUAUUUCUCGCUCUUUGGGCUUAAAAGUUGCGGUUUGUCUGCUGUGUUGUUUGUACAUCACUUCCUGUGCGGGACAUGUACUCACAUAUGUUUGGAGAGACAUUUUUCUUUUAUGUGCAACUUAAGCAAAAAUGGUUUUGCUACCAAAAAAGAUGUGGUAUGUUGAAGUAAUAACAAUACAUACAUAACCAAAAAGUUUUUGGUUGCAAUUUAUAUGUUUAACAAAAAAUGUUUGGGUUACAAUUUCUUUCGUGGCAAAAACGUCCGUAAAAAAUAUUUUUGGGUUGCAAAUGUUUUUUUUUUCUAGCUACAAAUAAUUUUUGGGGUUGCAAAUAUUUUUUGGGGGGUACACAUAUUUUCUGUGUUGCAAAUAUUUUAUUCGGUUGUAAAAAAACAAUUUGCAAAGAAAAAUGGAUUUGAAAUACAUUAAUAAAAAAAUACAUAUUUUUAAACAACUAUUUUUUGGGGUUGCAACUUUUUUUGGGGCUGCAAAUAUUUUUUGGGGUUGCAAAUAUUUUGUGGGGGGUACACAUUUUUUGCAUUGCACAUAUUUUAUUCGGUUGGAAAAAAACAAUUUGCAAACAAAAAUGGAUUUGAAAUACAUUAAUAAAAAAAUACAUAUUUUUAAACAACUAUUUUUUGGGGUUACAACUUUUUUUUUAGCUGCAAAUAUUUUUUGGGGUUGUAAAUAUUUUGUGGGGGGUACACAUUUUUUGCAUUGCAAAUAUUUAAUUCAGUUGGAAAAAAAACAAUUUGCAAACAAAAAUGGAUUUGAAAUACAGUAAUUAAAAAUAUGUAUUUUCAAACAACUAUUUUUUGGGGUUACAACUUUUUUUUUAGCUGCAAAUAUUUUUUGGGGUUGCAAAUAUUUUUGGGGGGGUACACAUAUUUUUUGUGUUGCAAAUGUUUUAUUCCGUUGGAAAAAAACAAUUUCAAAACAAUUUUUUUUUUGAAAUACAGUAAUAAAAAAAUACAUAUUUUAUACAAAUAUUUUUUAGGGUUGCAACUUAUUUUUUUUAGUUGCAAAUAUUUUUUUGGGUUGCAAAUUUUUUUGGGGGGGUAGAGUAUUUUUUGGGGGGUAUAAAUCAUUUUUGGGGUGCAUUUUUUUUUUUGCUGCAAAUGUGUUGCAAAUAAUUUUUGGGGUUGCAAAUUUUUUUGUGGGGCACUCAUAGUUUUUGUGUUGCAAAUAUUUUAUUGGUUUGGAAACAAACAAUUUGCAGAAAAAAUGGAUUGGAAAUACAGUACUAAAAAUACAUAUUUUUAGACCAAUUUUAUUUUUUCGGUUGCAACUAUUUUUUAUUUUUUUUAGUUCCGAAUAUAUUUUGGGAUGCAAAUAUUUUUUUGUGGGGUACAAAUCAUUUUUAGCUUGCAAAUUUUUUUUUUUGCUGCAAAUACUUUAUGGGUUGCAAAUAAUUUUUGGGAGCAAAUAUUUUUCUUCGGUUGGAAAAAACUGGUUGCUAACAAACAUGGAUAAUAAAAAAUACAUAUUUUUAAACAAAUAUUUUUAUGUGUUGCAACAAUUUUUUUUUUAGUUGCAAAUAUUUUUGGGGUUGCAAAUUCUUUGGGGGGGGGGGUACAAAUAUUUUUGGGUUGCAAUAAUUUUUUGGGAUGUAAAUAUUUUUUGCGGGGUACAAAUCAUUUUUAGGUUGCAAAUGUUUUUUGUUUUUUUUAGCUCCAAAUACUUUAUGGUUUGCAAAUAAUUUUUGGGCGCAAAUCCUUUUUUGGGUUGCAAAUAAAUUUUUAGGGGCACACAUUUUUUGUGUUGCAAAUAUUUUAUUUGGUUGGAAAAAAACUGUUUGCUAACAAAAAUGGAUUUGAAAUACAAUAAUUAAAAAUACAUAUUUUAAACUAAUAUUUUUUUCGGUUGCAACUAUUUUUUUUUUAGUUGCAAAUAUUUUUGGGGUUGCAAAUUUUUUGGGGAUGCAAAUUUUUUUGGAGGGUGCAAAUAUUUUUUGUAGUUGAAAAUAACUUUUUGGGUUGCUAAAAAUAUUUGAUUGCCAAUCAAUUUUUGGUUGCAAAUCUAUUUUGGGUGACUUUAUGCACACGUUUUUUUAAGUUCAGAAUAAAUGUACCAAAUUGUCCCAUGUUCGGUGUCUAUAAGUUCGUAUGUAAGUUCGAAUGUGUUGAGGGCGGAAGUAGUCAGUCAACGCCAACACCCGAGACUGACCAAUAAAAUGGCUUCUGACAUAUUGUUCAGGGGAGGCCCCGCCCAUUAACAUUGAAACUCAGUCAUAACCAUAAUGUGUUUGUCCCCAAUAAAAGAUUUGUAACUAAAAAUAAUGUUUGCCACCAAAAAAAACAUUUUGUAAACAGAAAAGAAAAUUGUAACCAAAACAUUUUUUGUUUGAAAAUAAAAAAUGUUUUGUAGCAAAUCCAUCAUUUUGGUUUGCAAAUAUUUGUCGGGAGUUUCUUAUCCAUUUUUUCUUUGGUUGCACGAAAAGACUCAAGUUUCUCUCCAUACAUGUGACAUCAGAGUCAACUUUUUGCCUCGUCUUUCAUUAUCAGGUUGACUUUAGUUGCUUGCCGCCAACCGGGCCGUGCGAAAAACCGCCGCUGAGCCACGAAAAGAGAAACUUAUUUUUAUAGAAGCGACUGUUCGAGAGAGAGCCAGAAUCUGUUUUUAUCGAUACUCAUGUUGUGCGCGGUCCUCCCAGUGUGCCCGACCCUCUGGGUUGUUGUGGUUUUUGUGUGUCUUUGUUUUGAGUGCUGACGUGUGCGUCCUAAAUUAUGGGGGAAAUAAAACACAACUUUUUGAGCAAAGAGUGAUAUUUUUUGUUGUUGUUGAAUGCUGGCAAAGAGUUCCUACCUGACUGAUGUUAUGCGGAUGAUGUUGACCAUCCAGCCCCCACCUUUUGUGGAGAAUCAUCCAGAGGAUCCACGUAACCGCUUGUUUUGUCACAGUAGUUUUAAGAUGCAUGUUUUUUUUUUUUUAUAUAUAUCUGCACUGAGAUUCUUGACAAAAUGUGAUCGAGUUUGUAUUAAGUUUAAAAUGACAAAUAAACUGGUGCCAAAUGUUUUGCUCAACCACUA